CGAGGCUUCGAGGUGUGUCGUUUCUAUCAGGUCGACUAAAAGCGUUUAACUGAGAGGAACGGUGGAGCUCGUGCAGUUUGAUUGUGCAUCCAAGAAACACUUAAGAGAGUCUGAUUUAUUUCAACUUACUAUUCUGUUUAAUACAAAAGGUCUUUAAACAGACAGAUUAUGGCUAUCGCGGGAAUUUUUCGCGUCUUGUUUAUUUCCGCUGGUUUGCUCUUCGCGGCCGCUCAGCAAGGUAACAUGACAGGUAACAUGACAGGCAAAGGACGUAGUUUUUUAGGCAUUCAGGAUUUAAACGGUGUCUACGUUGACCAGAUCACUAGAGAUGCACUACAGAGCCGUCUCAUGACCGUCUUUCUGCCCAUUAUCUACAUCAUUGUCUUUGCUUUGGGGUUACCCAGCAACGCCAUGGCGGUAUGGGUCUUGCUGUUCCGGUCAAAGAAAAUUCACCCCUCUGCCAUCUACAUGGGCAACCUGGCAUUGGCCGACCUUAUGUUUGUGAUAUGGACCCCACUGAAGAUUGCCUAUCACUUAAAAGGAAACAACUGGACAUUCGGCGAAGGCAUGUGUAAAGUAAUGGUCGGGUUCUUUUACGGCAACAUGUACUGUUCUAUUCUCUUCAUCACUUGUUUGAGCGUGCAACGAUAUUGGGUCUGCGCUCACCCCCUUUCCCAACAGAGGAAAAACAACAAACUGGCAAUCAUCCUGUCUGGGUGUAUCUGGGUCUUUAUUUUAGUCAGCAGUACGCCUUUGUAUCUGUACCAGCAGACUGCUAACAUCUCAGAUCUAAACAUCACCACCUGCCAUGACGUGAACGUUAUCAGCCAAAAGAACUUCAUUGAGAACAAUGCGUUCCUGGAUGUCCAAAAGCCCUACUACUACUUCAUGGUGAUGGCAACUCUGGUGUUCUUUAUACCGAUGGUGGUCAUAAUCGUAGCUUACAUCCUCCUCCUUCGAUCGCUCGGGACCUCGGGGGUGAAAGGCAGUGCCGGAAAAAGCCGCCAGCGUGCCAUUCUCCUCAUCAUAACGGUGCUCAUCACAUUCUUGGUCUGCUUUAUUCCCAGUAACGUGAUGGUGGUCGUACAUUACGCCCUCUUGGGAAAUGGUCUGACUAACAACGGCUACGGCUUCUACAUCACCACGCUGUGCCUGGCCAGUCUCAACAGCUGCAUGGAUCCUUUCGUGUACUACUACGUGUCGGAGGAAUUCAGGGAUCACGUAAAGAACACCCUACUGUGCCGUAGCAGUCGCACGGUGGAGAGGAUGAGAGUAUCUUUCAGCUCGAUGAAAUACUCAAAAAAGUCCAAAUCGUACACUUCCAGCACGGCAAACACAGAAAGCAGCAACUGCUGAAAACACACCUGUGCAAGUACCAAUGUGUACAGGCUUGUGCUUUUAUGUUUAUAUAUUUAAGACUGUGGCAAAAUGGAUGGAGACGAUUGUUAUUUAUUUAUCACCACAUUCUCUUUUUGGAAUUCUGUGGGAACUGAGAGGGAAUUUCUGCUGUCUCAGUCCAUGGGGUCUCUUUAGGUGAUAUUUUAUUUUCGCUCCAUCAGGACCUGCUGACGAGACUGAGAAGACUGUUAAAACAGAAUGAUCUGUUUGGACAUGUUCUUGUAAAACUGUCUUUCAGUCAUGACUUCAUAUAACAAGCAUAUGCAAAACAUCAGAGGACCUGGAGGUACAAGCACAAUCAUAAAACUUGAAGAAGAUUAUUGAGCCAGCCAGAUCUUUUAUUGGUUCCAUUUGUUUAUGUCCAGAUGGAUUUGCAUAAUGAUAUUUAAUGUGAAUAUAUAUAUAUGCCUUUCAGCCAGAAUAAGUUGCUGUUUAUGUUACAAUGUUUUGUUUUUUACUGCAUCAGGACAUCAUCUGUUCAUUAUAUAAUCAUAACUCGGUCAGCCACUUUUCAUGAAAUAUGUUUUUUACUUUACAUGUUAAACCACGGUAAUUUGCAUAAUGAGCAUUGUAUAAUUCUGUUUGGUUCAUUGUAUGUCUGUUACAGUCUGCUAUUUAUUUUAGUUCAUCACAAUUUUAUCUUGAUCGUUCAUUUCUGUUUUUAUAUUUAUCGGACUUGGCUGUACUGUGACCUACUUUAAGUCUUGUGUAAUAAAAGACACAUCGCCGCUUUAUAAAAUA